GGCGAGGCCUCACGAACGUGUCUUUUUGUUGAGGCGGGUCUGAUUCACGAGCCCCUGGCGAUAUUUGUUUGUGCAACCACAGGCCAAGGAGACCCCCCAGACAACAUGAAGAACUUCUGGAGGUUUAUAUUCCGGAAGAACCUGCCCUCCACCGCCCUCUGUCAGAUGGACUUUGCCGUCCUGGGCCUCGGGGACUCCUCGUAUGCCAAGUUCAACUUUGUGGCCAAGAAGCUGCACCGGCGGCUGCUGCAGCUGGGGGCCGGUGCCCUCCUGCCCGUGUGCCUGGGUGAUGAUCAGCAUGAGCUGGGGCCUGACGCCGCCAUCGACCCCUGGCUGCAGGACCUGUGGGAGAGGGUGCUGGGGCUGCACCCGCCACCACCGGGCCUCGCCCCAAUCCCCCCUGGAGUCCCCCUCCCCUCCAGGUUCACCCUGCAGUUCCUCCCUGAGGCUCCUGGCACGGGCUCCAAGGGGCAGAGCUCCAGCCCGGGCUCCCAGGAGCUCCCGUCAGAGUCGCAGCCCUUCCUGGCGCCCAUGCUUGCCAACCAGAGGGUCACCAGCCCCUCCCACUUCCAGGACGUCCGGCUGAUCGAGUUCGACAUCACUGGCUCGGGCAUCUGGCUGGACCUUGUCCCGCCCAUCCGCCCGCGGGCCUUCUCCAUCGCCUCCUCCCUGCUGAUCCUCGUGGCCGUGGUGCGGUACCAGACUCGCCUGAAGGAGCCCCGCCGGGGCCUCUGUUCCUCCUGGCUGGCGUCCCUGGACCCCGGGCAAGGACCUGUCCGGGUGCCCCUGUGGGUGCGGCCUGGGGGCUUGACCUUCCCGGAGACUCCAGACACUCCUGUGAUCAUGGUGGGACCCGGCACUGGCGUGGCCCCCUUCCAUGCAGCCAUCCAGGAGCGCGUGGCCCAGGGCCGGACCGGAAACUUCCUGAUUUUUGGCUGCCGCCGGCGGGACCAGGACUUCUACUGGGAGGCGGAGUGGCGCGACCUGGAAAAGAGGGGCUGCCUGACCCUGGUCACCGCCUUCUCCAGAGAACAGGAGCAGAAGGUGUACGUCCAGCAUCGGCUGCGGGAGCUCGGGCCCCUCGUGUGGGAGCUGCUGGACCGCCGGGGAGCCCACUUCUACCUGGCAGGCAACGCCAAGCACAUGCCGGCCGGUGUCUCGGAAGCCUUGGAGUCUGUCUUCCAGGAGGAGGGGGGGCUCUCCGGCUCCGACGCGGCCGCCUACCUCGCCAGGCUCCAACGGACGCCGCGCUUCCAGAUGGAGACGUGGGCCUGAGGAGCAGCCCUCGCCCACUCUGACGGCGGCCUCCCGGGGCCCGCAGAAGGGCAUCCAGAGGGAAGGCUAGCGGAUGGG